UCCUUGUGUGGCACAAAGGCCCUCCCCUGCUGCUGACGCACAGCUCCAGACAUGCUGUUUCCUGCCACAGGGAACUCUGCCUCCAUGGCCACCAAGAUCCCAGCUGAGAAAUUUGGGAAAUGUCAGUGUGAGACACACCAUUCUGAAAGCAUCCUGUACCAGAUCCUUAACAAGGAGCGUGGAAGUGAGACCAGGUGGCACCAGCAGCAUUGCAGUGCCCAUUGCUCUGCAAGAAGCAAAGGCUGCCCCUGUUUGGACAGGAGAAGGGUUGUCCUGAGAACACCAGAAGCCACAUGCAGAAGAGCUUCUGAAGUGCUGUUGAAGACUUCAGCUUUUAUUAGAAACUUACCUUCUUUUUAUCACAUGCCUUGGGAGGAUCAGUUUGUCCUCAUACAACAGAACUGGGCCCCUCUUUUUGUCCUGGGCAUGGCACAAGAAGGAGUGGAUUUUGAGCUGAGAGAGAUUCCAGCUACCAGUUUAUUGAAAAAAAUCCUCCUCAAUCAGUCUUCAACAGCUGUGAAUGAAGUGGGCAGCUCAUCAGCAGGAGCAUCUUUCACAGAAGUUCAGAAGAUGAAGAAUUUAUUGUGGAAAUUCUGGGACCUGGACAUAAGUGCAAAAGAAUAUGCCUAUCUUAAAGGAAUUAUUCUUUUUAAUUCUGAAUGUUGUGUCCUGAAAUGUCUCCCUUAUGUACAAUCACUGCAGCAGGAAGCUCAGAAAGCCCUGAUGGAGUUUAUCUCAACAAUGUUCCAUGGAAGCCUCAGCAGGUUUUCUUCGAUUCUUCAGCUAAUCACAUCUCUUCAAGACAUUGAUGCAGAUGCUACUGAAGAGCUCUUCUUCAGGCCCAUCCUAGGAGAGGCCACCCUAAAUGCAAUACUUCUAGAAACCCUAUAUAUCAAUCCAGACUGGCUUUGAAAGCAAAUGACAUCUAAGCAAUAAAAAAUUUCAUUUUGAAGAGAUGAGAGAAUAUUAUGAGCUAAAUAAACAUGUUUCAAGCAAAUCAUUGAUGCAUAUUUGUAAGCCAUAUAUGCUUCAACGAUGAAGUAAUUUUUUAACAUUUUAGAAUUAAAAACAGAGAAAAUGAAGCAUUUCAUGAUACUCUGUGCUUAAAAAAACCCUUAGUCUAAGUAUUUAAAGAUUGUCUAGGAACACCAGCAUACUUUCCAGUUGUGCUUGGUUCAACUGUAUUAUUUCUAGUGAGCAUUUUUCCAGCUCUUUAUACUUUAUGCUUUUGGCUUUAAGGAACAGGGGCAAUGGUAAAUUUUAUUCAGUUGAAGAUAGAUACAUAAAAGCCUGGUCAAUAGUAAAAUCAGUAUAAAUCCUUCCUUUUCUUUUUCAGUCUCUGACCCCAAUCCUUUUUCUUUUCCACUGUGAACUCUAGUCCUUGGCUGUAAUUGCUGGAUGGAGCUCCCCCUUACUAACUGCUUCUUGUAGGUUCUUUUCUAAGUCUUGCAGUAAACUGUGGGCAUUAAAUCCCUCUCCCAUUAUUUACAAAGUCCUUCCUUAACUAAGGAACUAAACAACAUGAAUCAAAAAAAUUGUUGACUGGACAAAAGUUGUUGUUCAGGAUUGUUUACAGAAUGGGAAUAACAAAGGCUGAAAGUUACUGUGUCAUGCCAUAAGAGACAGAACUAAUGUAGCCCACUUUCCUACACAUUUAAGCCCUUUUCCCUUUAGCCCUGCCUGCACCAUUCUAUAAUUACCCUCACUUCCUUCCAAAUAGAUGUCAGAUGGUCCUAGGACAGCAAAAAUGCUAAUAUAU